CUCUGCUGAAGCAGCUGACACCGCAUCCGAACGCGAAGACAUUGUGCCAGAGCUGGGUGGAUCACCACUGUUUUCUUCUGAUAUGUAGGAAAGAAGCCGUUUUGCUUCUCCCUAUGGCUCUUUGAGUAUGCGAUUUCCGAGCUCCAUCUUUGUGUCUGUCUCCCUGUUUACUGCAGAGACGACAGCAGCCCUGUACCUGAGCAGCACGUACAGAUCUGGGGGGGACAAGAUCUGGCAGGGGUUGACUCUCCUCUUCGCUCUGGUCCCAUCUGUGCUGGUACAGUUUACCCUAACGUUCAUUCACAGGGACUUGAGCAGGGAUAGACCUCUCGUUCUGCUGCUGCAUAUUUUGCAGCUGGGACCUUUCGUCAGGUGUUUGGAAGCUUUUUUCAUCUAUGGCUAUGCUAAUAAUAUCGAAGAGCCAUAUGUUAGUAUUACAAGGAAAAGGCAGAUGCCCAAGGAUGGCUUUUCAGAAGAGAUUGAAAAAGAAGUGGGUCAGGCAGAGGGCAAGCUGUUUACACAUCGGGCUGCUUUCGCCAGGACGUCAGUGAUCCAAGCCUUCCUGGGGUCAGCUCCUCAGCUCACUCUUCAGCUCUACAUCUGUGUGCUGCAGCAGUACAUUUCAGUUGGACGAGGUACAUUGAUGAUCAUUUCCCUGCUGUCGAUAGUGUAUGGUGCCCUUCGUUGCAACAUUCUUGCCGUAAAGAUCAAGUACGACGAUUAUGAAGUUGAGGUGAAGCCGGCAGCGUAUCUGUGCAUAUUCCUGUGGAGAAGUUUUGAAAUUGCCACCAGAGUUGUGGUCCUGGUCCUGUUCAGUUCAGUACUCCAGAUAUGUGUCCUCCCGGUGGUGCUCUUGAACUUCUUCAUCUUCUUCUUCUAUCCUUGGAUACUGUUCUGGCAGAGUAAAUUCCCUUUCCCGGAAAACAUUGAGAAAACUCUGACAAGAGUGGGCACCACGAUUGUGCUGUGUCUUCUUACGUUUCUCUACGCCGGAAUCAACAUGUUUUGCUGGUCGGCAGUCCAGCUGAAACUCAGUGACCCUGACUUAAUCAACAAGUCGCAGAACUGGCACCGGAUGGCGGUGUAUUACAUGCUGAGGUUUAUAGAGAACGCCACUCUCAUUCUGCUGUGCUGUGUAUUUCAGACUGACGUCUACCAGUACGUAUGCACUCCUUUGCUUGUUCUGCAGCUGCUGAUUGGAUACUCCAUAGCCAUCUUUUUCAUGCUUGUGUUCUACCAGUUCUGCCACCCCUGUAAAAAGUUAUUCUCCUCCAGCAUUACACAAGAGCUGUGGGCAUGCUCUCACAUCUUUUGUCUGCUUUGCAAGCGACCAAACCCACGGUUGCCGCCAUCCAGCACUGCUGACUUUGCAAACGAUACACCAAAUGAGUCCCAGAAUGGGAAAACCAGUCAGAACUUGUCUGUUUACCCUUAAACACAUAAAUCCGAUUCUCAUUUAGAAAUGGCCAAUUUGAAAAGCAAACUAAAUUGCUUCAUAAGAUGAAGGCAAUAAUGGCUAUGAAUGCUGCAUCACCUUGCAUUUUCAGACACUAUCACCAAAACAAGUUUUUACUUUCGAAGAUGAAUUGAUUAACACAAAUGAGAAGAAAUCAACGAUAUAACAAUACUUCACUAUGUAUUUAUUUUAUCCCAGUCACUCACUGACAUGUUGUACAUUCCCAGUUUACUUUGGAACCUCCAUCAUCAAGUUAAAUCCCAUCAGAAUAACCAAUUACUUUCCCUAAUGGUCUGGUCACUCAGGUACUGUGCAGGUUGCAGUUCAACCUUGACAAUGCUGAACACAAAAUGAACCCCAGGAAGCACUAAUGGUUCUCAAGAGGAAGCUUCUGAAAGUUGAACUAUCUAGCUACCAAAAAUAUGUAUAAAAAUACAUUUUGCCUUGAUCUGCCAUUCACUGAAACCCUAGGAUGUGAAUGACAGUGGG